UUAUUGACCUGCAGGGGGCAAUCUAUUCCCGGUUGACUUGGCUUAAAUACAGCAAAGAAGAAGAUGUUAGUUGUAGAUUUAAUCCACCUGUGACUCUGUGACAUGUGUGUGUGUACUGGUUGCUGAUAGUUCCUCCUGAGUAAAAGUCUUCAUCUUGCCCAGAUUCAUCUUGUCUCUCUCUCAAGUUAUUACAUUUUGGCGACGAGGAUGAAAACAAGGAAAAGGAAGUUUUGAAAAGCUGGAUCCAUACAAGUGGGAGCUUUGGAAAAGAAGAUGGCCAAUAUGGUAGGAACAGUCACACCAUUUGAUAGUCAGUCGCAGUCUUGGGAAGAGUAUUGUGAAAUCUUGCAACAUUUCUUCGAGGCAAAUGAGAUUACAGAAGCAGCCAAGCAAAAAGCUAUACUGUUAAGCACUGUAGGAAGUCAAACAUACAGUCUACUGAGGAAUUUAUUGAGUCCAGUUAAACCAGGAACAAAGACUUUUGAGGAAUUAGUGGAUUUACUGAAAGAGCAUUUCAAUCCAAAACCCAGUGAAAUUGUACAACGGUUUAAAUUCAAUUCAAGAUCAAGAGAAGAAGGGGAAAGUGUUCUUGAAUAUGUGGCAGUAUUGAGGAAAUUGGCACAUGAUUGUAAUUACGGAGAAAAAUUAACAGAGAUGCUACGGGAUAGACUGGUAUGUGGAAUAAAUGAUGACCGUAUUCAACGUAGACUGCUGGCAGAAUCAGAGUUAACGUUUGAGAAGGCGUUGAAAAUAGCGCAAGCAUUGGAAACAGCCAAUAAAGAUGUAAAGGAUUUGCAAGCUCAACGUUCAGAAACAUCUACUGCAAUGAGAGUGCAUAAAACCUCAGUAAAACAAGAUAGUCAAGGUAGAGCUUGUUACAGAUGUGGGAAUUUGCAACAUUUGGCCAAUGAGUGCAGAUUUAUUUCAGAGAAAUGCCACAAAUGUGGGAAACAAGGACAUAUAAUGAAAGUAUGUAGAUCAACAAGUUCCAUCAGAGAAACAACAUUUCAAGGGGGAGAAAGACGCAAGCAAGUUGUGGCCAGAGGAGGACAGAGAUCACAUUAUGUCAGCAGAGAGGAAAAAAGUGAAUCUGAUGAAGAAGGUAUUUUUACAGUGCACAGUUUGAAAGAAACAGAGAUUCCUAAGGUCGCUCCUCUGACUAUCACAUUGGCUGUAAAUGAUUUCAAGAUACCUUUUGAAGUGGAUACAGGCUGUGGUGUGACCGUAAUUAAUGGAUCAAAUUUUUCCAAAUUGUGGGAAGAACAUAAAAAGCCAGAAUUAAAGACCUGUUCUUUGAAGUUAAAAACUUAUACUGGCCAAGCCUUACCAGUGAAUUGCCAGUAG